UGUAGUAGUGUUUGUGUCCAGGUCUCCAGUCUGCUAUGGAUGACGAGAGAGAGGAGGGGGGACCUACCUCUAAAACCACUCUGUCUGGGGAACAUGGCCGCCAGAGCAAAGCUAAGAGCCCAGAGCAGCAGGGGAGAGCAGACUCCCCUGGACCCAGCUGUGUCUCCAUGAAGAGUGACAACUCUAUGGAACAACCUGUUAACUUUAAAGAUGGAAAUCAGUCUAUUGAGAAGAGACGAGUCCAGCAGGAGGGAGCAGACUCCCCUGGACCCAGCUGUGUCUCCAUGAAGAGUGACCACUCUAUGGAACAACCUGUUAACUUUAAAGAUGGAAAUCAGUCUAUUGAGAAGAGCCCAGAGCGGCAGGAGAGAGCAGUGUCUCCUGGACCCACCUGUGUCUCCCUGAAGAGUGACUAUUCUAUGGAUCCACCUGUCACAUUUAAAGAUGGAAAUCAAUCUAUUGAGAAGAGACAACACCAGAAGAGGUCAAAGGUUACUAGUGCUCAAUCUGUACAGCAGCAUCAAACAGAGCUGAUCAAGAGGGCUGAGGAGAAUGCACACGCUUUUCUAGACAAAGAGCUGAAGAAGCUCUGGAGGGUUCUCUACCCAGAUUACCCACAAUGCUCAGAGAGUCAGAGUGAGGAGGAGGAGGAGGAGGAGGUGGAGGUGGAUGGUAAGAAAGAGGAGCAGAGGAGGCGGGCCAUAGAGGGAGUGGUAGACAUCACAAAGCUCUGCCUGAUGGAGAUGAAACAGGAGGAACUGGCCGACACACUGUGGGGUGGAGCUGUUGCUGUUGGGUGCCAACAUAAAAUCAAGUCUCAUCUGAGGGAGAAGUUCAGGAAUGAGUUUGAGGGAAUUGCUAAAGCAGGACAGCCAACAGGUCUGAAUGACUUCUACACCGAGCUCCUCAUCACAGCGAGAGGCAGUGGAGAGGUCAACCAGGAACAUGAGAUCAGACUUAUUGAAACAGCCUCCAGGAAACCAGCCAGGGAGGAAACACAGAUCAAAUGCGAAGACAUCUUUAAACCCUUAGCUGGACAAGAUCAACCAAUCAGAACAAUAAUGACAACGGGAGUGGCCGGCAUUGGUAAAACCAUAUUAACCCACAAGUUCACUCUGGACUGGGCGGAAGGCAAAGCCAACCACGACAUACACUUCACAUUUCUCUUGACUUUCAGAGAGCUGAAUUUACUGAAAGGGAAAGAGUUUAGCUUGGUGGAACUUCUUCAUUACUUCUUCAUUGAAACCAAAAUAGCAGCAAUCUGCAGAUUUGAAUGGUUCCAAGUUGUCUUCAUCUUGGAUGGUCUAGAUGAGUGCCGACUGCCUCUGGACUUCCAGAACAACCAGAGCUGGACUGAUGUCACAAUGCCGACCUCGGUGGACGUGCUGCUGACAAACCUCAUCAGGGGCAACCUGCUUCCCUCCGCUCGCAUCUGGAUAACCACACGCCCUGGGGCAGCCAAUAAGAUCCCUGCUGAGUGUGUUGACAUGGUGACAGAGGUGAGGGGCUUCAAUGACUCACAGAAGGAGGAGUAUUUUCAGAAGAAAUUCAGCGAUGAGACACUGGCCAGCACAAUCAUCUCCCAUGUCAAGAAAUCACGAAGCCUCCACAUCAUGUGUCACAUCCCAGUCUUCUGUUGGAUCUCUGCAACUGUUCUUGAAGACCUCUUCCAACCAUCCCAGAGAGUAAAAGAGAUGCCCAAGACUGUGACCCAGAUGUACAUCUACUUCCUGAGGGUUCAGUCCAUACAGGCGGACAUGAAGUACCAUGGGAGAGCUGAAAAAGAUCUAGACUGGAGUUCAGAGAGCAGGGAGAUCAUUGUUUCUCUUGGAAAACUGGCUUUUAACCAGCUGGAGAAAGGCAACCUAAUCUUCUACGAGACAGACCUGGCAGAGUGUGGCAUCGAUAUCAGAGCAGCCUCAGUGUACUCAGGAGUGUUCACCCAGAUCUUUAAAGAGGAGUGUUGGCUGUACCAGGACAAAGUGUUCUGCUUUGUCCAUCUGAGCAUCCAGGAGUUUCUAGCUGCACUUUAUGUCCUUCAGUCCUUCAUCAACACUGGUGUCAAUCUAUUCUCAGAAGAACCAGCUACCCCUGGCAAAGAUGAACUCUUCCUCUACCAGAGUGCUGUGGACAAGGCCUUACAGUGUGAGAACGGACACCUGGACUUGUUCCUCCGCUUCCUCCUGGGCCUCUCUCUGGAGACCAAUCAGAAACUCCUACGAGGUCUGCUGGGAAAGACAGGAAGUAGAUCAAUGACAACUCAGUUUAAACAAGGUCUGCUUUGGCUGACAGGAAGACAGCCCAAUCAGAGAACAGUCUGUUACAUCAAGGAGAAAAUAAAUGGAGAUAUCCCUCCAGAGAGAAGCAUCAAUCUGCUCCACUGUCUGAAUGAGUUGAACGACCCUUCUCUAGUGGAGGAGAUCCAACAGUCCCUUACAUCAGGAAGACUAUUCAUGGAAUCUCUCUCCCCUGCUCAGUGGUCUGCUCUGGUCUUCAUCUUACUGUCGUCAGAUGAGGAGCUGGAUGUGUUUGACCUGAAGAAAUACUCUGCUUCAGAGGAAGGUCUUCUGAGGCUGGUGCCAGUGGUCAAAGCCUCCAAAAUAUCUCUGCUGAAUGACUGUCUUCUGUCAGAGAGAUGCUGUGAAGCUCUGGCCUCAGUUCUCAGCUCCAGCGCCUCUAGUCUGAGAGAGCUGGACCUGAGUACCAAUGAUCUGCAGGAUUCAGGAGUGAAAUUGCUCUCUUCUGGACUGGGGAGUCCACACUGUACACUGGAAACUCUCAGGCUGAAUGGCUGUCAGCUGUCAGAGAGAUGCUGUGAAGCUCUGGCCUCAGUUCUCAGCUCCAACUCCUCUAGUCUGAGGGAGCUGGACCUUAGUAUCAAUGAUCUGCAGGAUUCAGGAGUGAAGCUGCUCUCUGCUGGACUGGGGAGUCCACACUGUACAUUGGAAACUCUCAGGCUGAAAGGCUGUCAUCUGUCAGAGAGAUGCUGUGAAGCUCUGGCCUCAGUUCUCAGCUCCAACUCCUCUAGUCUGAGAGAACUGGACCUGAGUACCAAUAAUCUGCAGGAUUCAGGAGUGAAGCUGCUCUCUGCUGGACUGGGGAGUCCCCACUGUACACUGGAAACUCUCAGCUUAUCUGGCUGCCUGGUCACUCAGGAAGGCUGUGCCUCUCUGACCUCAGCUCUGAGCUCCAACCCCUCCCAUCUGAGAGCGCUGGACCUGAGCUACAAUCACCCAGGAGACUCAGGAGCUACGCUGCUCUCUGCUGGACUGGAGGAUCCACGUUGGAGACUUGAAACUCUCAGUGUGGACCACGGUGGAGUGGUGAGGCUGAAACCAGCUCCACAGAGGUAUGCCUGUGAACUCACACUGGACCCAAACACAGCCCACAGACAACUCUCUCUGUCUGAGGACAACAGAAAGGUGACAGUGGUUGGAGAGGACCAGUCGUAUCCUGAUCACCCAGAGAGGUCGGACUUCCAAUACCAGGUGUUGUGUAGAGAGGCUCUGACUGGCCACUGUUACUGGGAGGCAGAGUGGGAAGGAGAUGUUCGUAUCGGAGUGACAUCCAGACGAAGCACAAGGAGAGGAGAGGGUGUUAAAUCUUUAGAUGAAGAUGGUUACUUUGCCUACUUCAGUCAUAGGACAGACGCUGGCUCUAACCGAGUAGGACUGUAUCUGGACCGAUCCGCUGGCACUCUUACAUGCUACAGAUAUUACCCAGAUGUAGGAGGUUCCUUUGACAGACUGCCAGAUAUCAGCAUCCAUAACAUCUUUACCCAGGAGGUUCUCUACACUGCGUUUGGGUUAUUGAGUUAUGGUGCCUCAGUGUCUCUGUGUCGGUUGUAGCCAAACACACACAUGCAUAUAUCAACCCACACAUACACAGGCAA